AUGGUCGACCGCGCGAACCGCCCCAGCGCUCUCAGCGCACCCAAGGCCGAAGCACCCGGAGCUCAGGUUGAGAUCAUUGGACAAGGAGGAAGCCAGAAGGUCGUCGCCACACUUGCCUCGGGCGAGAGCGUCGAGGUGUUGCUAUUUGGAGCUACCGUGACGAGCUGGAAGAGCCAUGGCGGCAAGACGGAGAACCUGUGGUUGAGCGAGAAGGCAGACUUGACUGGCACCAAGGCUGUCCGCGGCGGCAUUCCCGUCGUGUUCCCGCACGGUUUCGCUCGCGCAUCACGCUGGGAGUUCCUUGGCAAGUCCGACACAGAGGCUGCCUCAGAAUCAGACUCGGUCAAGCUCGACUUCGGCCUCGACAGGUCGGGACUCAGCGAUGAGGCGCGCAAGGCGUGGCCUCUGGACUUUGGCCUGGUCUACAGCGUCACAUUGAGCAAGGGCAGUCUGCAGACUAUGAUGACGGUCCGCAAUGAGGGCGAGGAGAGCUUCGAGUUCCAGUUCUUGCUGCACAGCUACUGGAAGAUUUCGGACAUCUCCAAGGUCAGCGUCACCGGCUUGUCCGGCACCGAGUACGUCGACAAGGUCCUCGACGCAGGUACAUACCAGCAGAAGGACAACGCCCUCAAGUUCACGGGCGAAGUCGACCGCGUCUACAAGGCGAUCCCACAGGACACGACCUCCAUCCUCGAGGAUGGCAAACCCCGCUUCGAUGUCAUCCGCGACAACGUCAAGGACACGGUCACCUGGAACCCGUGGAUCGAGAAGGCAAAGGCCAUGGGCGACUUCUCGCCAGACGACGGCUACAAGACCAUGGUCUGUAUCGAGAUUGGCGCUGUGGACGGCUGGCAGAAGUUGGAGAAAGGCGAGGUUUGGGAGGGCGGUCAGUUGGUCAAGAGCUUGCUGUAA